UUACACUCGAUAAUACGUCAUAUUUGCAAUGGUUCAUCAGUGUCAUUAUUGAUUCAUGUUUAGAGGAGAUCAGAAAUGGCAUCCAAGCUAACUCCGAAGCUCUUCUCAUGGCUGAUUGUUCCAACAUUACUACUCAUUUUCCUCUACUCUUUAUCCCUUCCCCUUUACACUCCACCCACUUCUCCAAAACCCACAAUUCCCAUAUCACCCUCUUGUAAUCUCUUCAAAGGCAAAUGGGUCAGUGACCCGACCCGCAAACCCAUUUACGAUGAGUCCUGCCCGUUUCACAGGAACGCCUGGAAUUGCCUUAGAAAUCAAAGGGAAAACAUGGGUCGGAUCAAUUCUUGGAAAUGGAUGCCCGACAAGUGUGAUUUGCAUCGGGUCGACCCGGUUGGGUUCUUGGGUUUAAUGAGGAACAAGAAUGUUGGGUUUGUUGGAGAUUCUUUGAAUGAGAAUUUCUUGGUUUCGUUUUUGUGUAUUCUUAGAGUAGCUGAUUCUGGUGCAAAGAAAUGGAAGAGAAAGGGUGCUUGGAGAGGAGCUUAUUUUCCAAUGUUUAAUGUUACUGUGGGUUAUCAUCGUGCUGUUUUGCUCGCCAAAUAUGAGUGGCAGCCAAAACAGCCUGACGACACCAACCAAGAUGGAUUGAAGGGAAGAUAUCGAGUAGAUGUUGAUAUUCCAGCAGAUGAUUGGGCUCAAAUUGGUGCCUUUUACGAUGUUCUAGUCUUCAACACUGGUCAUUGGUGGGGCUUUGACAAAUUCCCUAAAGAGACACCUCUUGUUUUCUAUAAGGCAGGGCAACCAAUUCAACCUCCCCUAGAGAUGUUUGAUGGACUUAAGGUUGUUCUCGAGAAUAUGAUUGCCUACAUAGAAAAAGAAUUACCAGAGAAAACACUUAAAUUUUGGCGCUUGCAAUCACCAAGGCACUUUCAGGGUGGUGACUGGAAUCAAAAUGGUAGUUGCACAAUCAAUGAACCCCUUGAUGAACUUCAGCUUGACCUGUGGUUUGAUCCCAGAUAUAAUGGGGUUAACAAAGAAGCAAGGCGAGUAAAUCAUCUCAUCGAAGAGGUCUUAAAAGGCACAAAAAUCAGAAGCCUCGAUCUGACUCACUUGAGUGAGUUCAGGGCAGAUGCUCAUCCUGCUAUUUGGUUGGGUAAAAAGGAUGCAGUGGCGGUCUGGGGUCAAGACUGUAUGCACUGGUGCCUUCCUGGUGUUCCAGAUACAUGGGUUGAUAUCUUGGCCCAGCUUAUCACUCAUUAUAUUUUGGAGACAGGGUGAUUUUCUUGAAUUAAUUGCAGCUGAGUUUAGGAAAGAUCAAGAUGUGAGCUCAAAUUUUAACAACUAUCACAAACUUGCUGAUCUGAAGGAAGUGAUAGAACCAAAUCAUUCUUUGUGUUCAUGUGCAUUAUUUCUAUCAUGGGGAGGGGUGGGAGGUGGGGAUGAAGAUUUCACCCUUUAAACUAUAGCCUCGUUGAGGGGCUUUGGUUAGAGAAGUUUUCUGUUGCUUAUUCUUGGGGAUGAAAUAUGGAGGCAGCAGUUGGCUGAUUAUAAACAAAAAGGCCUAGAGUUUAUGACUUCAUGCUCUAUUUUUUUCCCUUUUUCACCACAUACCUCAGGUGGAUUUGUUCUCCACUUUGAAACUUUGUAGAACAUCUAUCAUCAUCGCUAUAUAUAUAUAAUGUCUUCUUUGUUUCCA